CGGUGGGACAAACAAACACCAAACCUAUUUCCGAUGUUAAGUUUUGAACCGCAAGUAACGGCAUUUCCAUAAGCUAGUGAAGUGUUUAGCAAUACUUAUCAGUAUGCAUUGCACAAGGAAAGAUAGGGUUGGUUUUCUGGAACACAUAUACGCACAUCUUGCAAUACAUGCCAGAUUCAUCAUUUAUUCUGGAAGAUAAGUGGUUAAAACAAAGUAAUAUAUGAGGUUUUUAUCUUCCAGUUUUAUUCCGAAAUGAUCAAACACUUAUUCUGACCACAGAAUCCAGUCUUAAAUUCAUAUCUUUGAUUGUGGGAACGGAUAAAUUCAUUAUCGCUUCUGAACUACAUACCGAAACAAUUCCUCAGUCUUACUACAGUGAACAAUUUUUGUUGGACUCUCACCAAAUGAUGAGCAUUUCUUUUAUGCCAAACACACUUGACGAUUUUGGAAGAAAAACUUUCAUAAAGUCUCUGUUUCCAGCUAAUUCAAAAUUAGUAUUUAGAGCCCUGGGUGGCUUGUUGUACAAACUGACUCGGAACGCGGACGAUUUACGUUUAACAUUUAAUCAGAAUGUAUUGAAUAUCGUUGAUGUACAGUUAUUACAAAGACAAGAUAUCCUAUUCGUCGACAAGUCCGCGAUGAAGUAUCUACAAAUUAUCGACUUUCAUGAAACAUAUAGAGUAAACAAAGGAAUACUUCCUUCUGAGGCAAAUAUCAGCCCAACAUUAUUCAAAAUAAUAAAUCACUGCCUAACAAUCCAAGGUACCACAGAACUACAGAAAUGGAUGGGUUCGCCUAUAAGCAGCAAAGAGGUAAUAACAGGAAGAUUGGAUGCAGUGGAAUUUUUUCUGGGAGGAAAGGGAACCCAGUUGCUUUCAGAAAUAAGAACACUACUCAAGAAGGUUGGAAAUAUACAGAAAAUUAUUCUCAGAAUGCAAACAUCUUCAGCUAUACCAAGUGACUGGAGGAUAAUAAUACAUACUUUAGAUGCAAUCGAAGCACUUAUCACUAUGUGUAAACCAUAUUGUGAAAAACUAUAUCCUGUUCAAGAAUUGUUUGCAGCAAACUUCGACUCAGCAAUCAUAGGAGGCGUCAAAUCAUGGCUAGUUCAUGUAAUUGACACGGAGAAGACGGAAAAGGAACAAAGGUUUGUGGUUCGACGUGGAGUUGACGCUACUUUGGACAAAUGGAAUGAAACAUAUGCUUGUCUUCCAGACUUGCUAUCACAACUGGCAGAAGAUGAACUUCGGAAAUUACGAGAAAAUAUACGAACGUGUGGACUAAUUUACUUUCCUUUAGUGGGUUAUUUGUUGAAAAUCCCAAAAGAAGAAGUAGAAACCCCCGAUAUACAUUUGAGCGGGCUGGAAUUUGCUUUUACAGAUAAUGAGAUGGCAUACUACCGAAACAAAACCACACGCGUUCUGGAUCAACGCUACGGUGAUGUAAUGUAUGCCAUUGUUGAUGCGGAAACCACCAUCAUGCAUCAUCUUCAAGAUCGCUUACUAAUUCACACACAGAGUAUACUUCAGGCAUACCAAUUUGUUGCGGAGAUAGAUUGUUUAUGCGCCUUCGCCAUGGCUGCCAAGCAUAUGGAAUGGACUCGACCGAAAAUAGUGGACGAGAACUGUAUACAAAUUUAUAAAGGAUGGUAUCCUAUCCAACAAACAGUAUCUACUAACAUAAUUAAAAACUCAUUCUACUCUGAUGGAUCUAAGCAUAACAUAACACUGCUGACUGGACCGAACGGAAGUGGGAAAAGCAUCUACAUGAAAAAUAUUGCCUUAAUAAUUUACUUAACGCAUAUAGGAAGCUAUAUUCCGGCUGAAGGGGCAACAAUUUCUGCGUUUGAUGCAAUACAUAUACUCACAGGUACAAACUCUACUGAAAGAGAUAACUGUUCGACCUAUAUGAUGGCACUUCAAAUGGCCUCAGUUGCUUUAAGAAACUUAACAAGCAAAACUUUAAUAAUAAUGGACGAGUUUGCAAAGUCCGUAAACAAGUUAGAGUUAGAUGCGCUUACAAUAGCAAUGGCAGAAUUCCUAUUGCUGAAAAAUGAAUGUCCAUAUACUAUCAUAGCUACUCACAACCAUAAAAUACUAAGGCAACUCCAAAUGUAUGGACCGCAAGUGCAAUACUUGACAAUGAGGACAGUCCCUCACGAAGGAAGAGUGGUGUGUCUUUAUGAAGCAGUCAAUGGUUUGAACUUAAGAAGCGAAGCAAUUAGUACAGCGAAUGCUACAGGACUCCCGGAGAAAAUUACUGAAAGAGCAUUAACUCUGAAGGAUUUUUUGAGUACAAUACCCACUCAUCGUAUGAGGAACAGAAAUAAGAGGGUGAAGACAGUUCUGAAGCUACUCCAUGGAACAGACACGGGUAGCAGUGAAAUGAAGCUAAACAAAAUUUUUAGCUCUAAUUUUUAUGGACUUUUAGAAAGUCUAGAUUAGUGUAAAAGUGAAGGUCGGGAACCAAAUAAAUAAAGACGUUUUCAAGAGAUGA